CAGGCCUGGAGCGCCCCCGAGGACGACGCCGGGGGGGCGCCCCGCCUGGAGCGGCUGACCUCCUCGCCGCUGACGACGCGGGUGACUGCCGUCGCUGCCGACGACGCGGGAGAAGGGCUGCUGCUCCUCGGGCUGGCCAGCGGGGGCGCCGAGCUGUGGCGGCUGCCGCCGCCGGGCGCCUCGGGUGCCGCGGGCGAGCGCCUGGCCGCCUGGCCGGCGGCGGAGGAGGGCGGCGGCCCGGCGCUGGGCGUGCUCCUGCGGCGGGGCGGGGGCGGCGAGGCGCAGGUGGUGGCGGUGGUGGCGCAGGCCCGGUGCCUGGUCGCUCACAGCCAGGGCGCCGCCGCCCCCUCCCGCAAGCUGCUGCCGGCGGAGGAGACCUGGAUCGGAACCUGGCGCUCCGCGAGGGCGAGCGCCUCGAGGCCUCGCUCCUGAGGCCCGUGGGCGGCGGCUCUUUCGCGGUGUGCACCAGCGCCGGGCGCGUCUACGCCUUCGAGGCCC